AGGAGACAGGUGUGGCGGCCAGUCCUUGAAGCCUGGAGGUGAGGACAGGAGGUGAAGAAGAGCCACGCCAUGUCAGACCUGCCGCUGCUGCCCGGGUACACGUUCUCCACGCCCGAGCAGAGGCAGCGCCCUAUCCGGCAAAGUUUGGGCUGGAGCAAGGGAGUGCCUCUUGUAGGACCUCCCCUGCAGCCCCUUCUGUCCGAGGCCGACCAGCAGGACCUUCUGAGGGAGGAGAGAAGACUACAGUUCGCAUCCCGCCCCCGCCGUGCCUCCACCCCCCCAAAGUUCCUGCCGGAGUGGGCGGUGUUGGACAAGAAGGUGCUGCGGUUCAAGGGAUAUUUCACUGAGCAGGUGGAGGGCGGGCGGCAGGUGUGUUGUGUGCGGCCUGUCAUCAUCUACUAUUACCUGGUGGAUGACGCAAUAGCCGUCACGGAGCCCCGGACACCUAACUCCGGGCUGGAUCAGGGUCGCCAGCUGAGCCGCCAGCGAGUGCCUCACCCGGACGGCGGCUUCUGGCACUGGACGCACCUCAACCUGGGCGAGACACUGAACCUCUACGGCCGCCACUACAUCAUCUGCGACUGCGACCCCUUCACUAAAGAGUACUUGCUGAGUGAGGGGACAGAGCUGGGCAGCCCUGUCCCAAUCCCUCCUGAUCCCUACACCCUCAUGAGACAGUCCAGAGCCGAGACGCCCCACCGAAUCUCCGACCUGCGGCCACACUCAGCUCCCCAGAUACCCCCCCAGCUGAGAGGCAUCCUGCUCAAGUUUGACGUCAUGGUGGAGGAGAUGGAGAACAGCAAGUCCACCGCCAACCCCGCCGUGCUGCUGUACCGGCCACAGGACCUUACCGUGGAGCUCCGGCAGCCGUCAUACUUCGACCACACGGAGAUCAGGAAGUUCAGCCCCGUUAUCCUUCGGGCCAUCAGAGUGCCGCUGCGUGACUCUGGAGGUUCCUUCGUCAACAUCGGGGAGGAGGGUGAGCGGGGUGAGUGGCUGCUGCCUCGCCACCUGAUUCCUCCGGCCACUGUGACCAUCUUUGGCAGAAGGGUACUGGUGACGGGGUGCGACGCCUUCACCCAGCGGUUCCUGCAGGACAACUAUGGGGCAGACAACGUUCCCGGCAUGAAAGUCAUUGAAACUAGAAAGCCUGAUGAGUCUGGGUCAAGCGGCAAGACUCAGAGUGACAUUGUCCCUCGGAGCAGAGCGCGGCGCGGCCUCCUCAUCCCUGAAGAUGCUACGGUGCUGCGGUUUUCGGCCAAGCUGCAUCCCUCGUUCGAUGCUGAAGGAGACCGCAGCUUCAUCCUGAUCUACCACGUGGUUGACGCAACGCUGGAGCUUUCUGAGAAGGCCAGGCCAGGAGGACUAGGCGGACGAACCUUGUCCAGGAUGAGGGUUCCCAAGCCUCAGACGGAGGGCGACAGGGAAAGGUCUUGGGGCCCGGACUUUUACACACUUGAUGACAUUUACAUUGGAGCCCCCCUGACCCUGUGGGGGCAGCAGUACCUCAUCACCGGGGCCGACAGACACGUGCUCAACUACGCCCGUCAGCACGAGGACCAAGUGUCCCCCCAGCUGCUGAGCUCCCUGAUGCAGCACUUCAACGAGAACUCCCACCACCAAGGAGGAGCCAACCAGGAACAAGAGAAUGAUAAUAACAACUGAGCAACACUUGGAGGAGCAGGGUGCCUGAGCAACAUGGACGACACAGUGUGGUGAAGAAGACUGGAUUGCUUCAUACAUCUUGAUAUUCUCUUUAUUAUGGGCACUUGGUAUUGAUACAGUAUACUAUAAUUUAAAUAUAUAUAUAAUAUAUAUCCAUCAUUAAUACAUACUGAAACACUAUAAUACACUGUGUUGGUUACCUGAAUAGGCUGUGUUACAAACAUAGUAUGUUGGCUGAAGGCAACAUCAAGCUUCAUGUUAACAAGAAAUAAUAUCUGUAAGUAAUUCACAAACAGUACAUAAUAAUAUUUAUUACUUUAGCUAAACAAGUAAUCCUUUCAGAGUGAUUUUCAUUACAGUAAAAUUAUAAUGUGGAUUUUGCAAGAGCUCAACCUAGAAAUUUCCAAGAUAAGCAUCAUCAAAAUACAACAGAAGUGAAGUGACCAAACUGAAGACCACAGUUGUGUAUUUCACGGCCCACAGCCCUAGGCCCUCAUGGUUAUGUACAGUAUAGUUCACGAGUUGUAUCAAAAUAUCAGUGACAAGGUCAAGUUGUAGUGCUAAAACUGAUGGAAGAGAACAUGGCAAAGGAUCGGCCUGCCCACAAAAUAAAUAUAUGAAAAUAAACUGCCCCAUAAAAUACCUUCACUACUCUAGUUAUGAGGAGGGCCUUGUGAUGCAGGACAGGUGGCAAACAUGGCUUCCAUCAUGCACUGGGGUUGACGGGGGAAGCGGUGGGCGAGGCUUGGCUGGUCUGGGAGUCUUAACACUACAACACUAGUCGUCACAAAAUAAGAGGAUGCAUGCAGGAACGAAGGGAACUAAGCUGCACCUAAUACCUUGUCAGGUGUGCAUAAUCUCUGAAAGGGGUUGAAAAUAUAAAACUACAGGCAAGGUAGAAGAAGCCCAGUAAUACAGCUAUGUUCAGUGUUCCUAUAUUACAGCAUUUCAGUUUCAUUUAAGGUCUCUCGGAUACCAAUCACUAGUCAGUUAUCCUUCACGCAAACUCAUAAAAAUGAAAGUAUAAAGAAAUUUACACUAGUCAAACUCUUACAGUAACUUCAGCAUGGUGAUGUACAAGGAUGUGUUAAGACAGUGUACAAAGGGACCUGUGUGGCUAUAUUCUGCACACUGUGUAGAUAUAAUCAAUUACAUCAGCAGAGCAAACUGUUUUUGAUGCAGUCUAUGUUGGCCAGAUUUUUUUAAAGAAUUUUUGACCACUAGAGUUGAGAAUUUUAAUUGUUUACCAAAUUGUGUUGAUUUAGUGUAGCCUUUGACAAAGUCUUAUUCUUGGUGAAACAUCUAAAUAUUACAUUUUACAACAGAUAUUGUAAGAGUAAUGUUAAAAGUAGGAGUUUUCAGACUGACAUGAGUACCAGCUGGGCUGCUGCCAGCUGUACAAUGGAUGGAUUCACUUGUACUUCUGAUGGCCACCAGGCCCGGAGUGGGGGAUGGCCGGGGCCUCCCGCACCCUCCCGGCCUGCCUGAUAUUGCCCGGUUCAAGUCUAAAUCUACUAAGAGGUUGCAUAUACAAAGUAAAUUAAUCCCCAAAAGAUGCAAACACAUAAUCUGUGAUUGUAAAAACUGAAUAAAGCAAAUUUCAUGGCCUAUAUCUAUCCUUUGAAGAGCUCAAAUGAAACAUAUAUAUAUAUAUAUAUAUAUAUAUAUAUAUAUAUAUAUAUAUAUAUAUAUAUAUAUAUAUAUAUAUAUAUAUAUAUAUAUAUAUAUAUAUGAACACAAACUCUUUAACUUUUUAUGCCAUAAUAUUGCAUCUUGUGCCAAACUUGAAUCUACUUGUUUGACACUCAAUUAUUGCUAGUUAUUGAACACUCACAAAAUAAUUUUCCCGCUAAUAAUGACAAAUAUAAAGCUUCAUUAAUUCUAGGUUUGCAUUAGUCCAGGAAGCAAUCAUUUAUCCAUCAAUGAACAUCACCAUGUGUUUGUAAGAAUAUUCUGAGAAUGGAAGAUAACACAACUCAUAGAGUAUAUUAAAAAAUUAUAAUUUGGUGGGUAAUAUCUAAUAUAUUCAUAAAUAUUUCAGUUUUGAGCGAUUCAUACUUAAUGUCCAUAGAAUCUAUUUACUGCCACAUAAAACAUACAAAAAUAAAAAUGAAAAUGGGAUUCAUGAAAAAAAAAAGACUAGAUAAAAA